CGAAUUCGGUACACAAAUUGAAUCCGUCACGAAUAGGAAAGAUUCGCGCGUCGAAUGAGCAUAUCUGAGCCUUCGAAGAGGUGACAAAGACACUGGUGCGCUCCGUUCGAGCCAUUGGAAGGAUAGUAGGAAAUUCGAGGCAAUAACAGAAGUUGCAAACAUGAAUAUCUUCAGACUGCUCGGUGAUCUUUCUCAUCUCCUUUCGGUGUUCAUCUUGCUGCAGAAGAUGAAAUCGACAAGUAGUUGCGCAGGAAUAUCCUUCAAGUCUCAAGCUCUUUACCUCAUAGUCUAUAUCACGCGAUACCUUGAUUUGUUCUGGACCUUCACGGAUUCGCUCUACAACACCGUAUUCAAAUUACUUUUCAUCGGCUCCUCCGGAUAUGUUAUUUUCCUUAUGCUGAAUGAUUAUAAACCAACCCAUGACCCCAAUGUUGAUACGUUCAACGUGCGCUACCUUUUUGGCGGAAGCGCAUUACUUGCUAUAUGCUUCCCCUAUAAAUACAAUAUGUCUGAGAUUCUCUGGGCCUUCUCAAUUUGGCUAGAAGCUGUGGCUAUCCUCCCUCAAUUAUUUAUGCUCCAGCGAACCGGGGAGGCAGAAACCAUUACCACGCAUUAUCUGUUUGCGUUGGGUUUCUACCGGGCUAUGUACAUUCCCAAUUGGAUUUGGCGCUAUUUUGCCCAGGGUUUCUGGGAUCCAAUUGCCCUUCUCGCUGGAAUUUGCCAAACGAUCCUCUAUUCAGACUUUUUCUGGAUCUAUUACACAAAGGUGCUCCAAGGCAAAAAAUUCAGUCUUCCCGUGUAGUUGGAUUCGAUCGCUGUGAGGAAGAAGUGGCGCGGGUCAGGCGAAGUAUCUUUUCGUUCUAUAAAAAUGCGCACAUACCGCUAGACCCAG